UCCAAGAUGGCAGCCCCCACCCAGCUGAGGGAGAGGGCUACACGUGUGUGAAUGUGUGAACGUUGACCCAGCUGCCUCAACCCCUCCCAGGGUCCCAUAGCCUUGGCCCUCUCAGCCUCCAGCGCCAUGAAGAGCAAGUCCUCCUCUCACAAGUCUGAAAACACUCACAGGUUUCUCACCUUCUCAGAACGCUUAAGCAAUGUCAACAUCGAUAUUAUUCACCGUAUUGACAGGACAGGGAGCUAUGCUGAGGACGUUGAAACAUAUUUUCAUGAAGGACUUGAGAAAUGGAGAGAGUUGAACCUUACACGGCACUUUGUGACUUUUUAUAGAGAAGUAGUCAACAAAUGCCAAUCUUUCAACCAGCUGGUAUACUAUCAGAACGACAUUGUGCAGAGCUUACAAACUCACCUACAAGUGCAAAACAGUCUUGCUUUUCAACCUCUUUUGGACUUGGUGGUACAGUUGGCUCGUGAUCUCCAGACAGAUUUCUAUCCUCAUUUUGGAGAUUUUUUCUUGUCCAUUACAAAACUGUUGGAUACCCAAGACACAGAACUGCUAGAAUGGGCUUUUACUUCUCUUUCGUACCUAUACAAAUACUUAUGGCGGCUAAUGGUGAAGGACAUAUCCAGUAUUUAUCGAUUGUACAGCACCCUGUUGGCUCACCAUAAACAGCACAUCAGGAACUUUGCAGCAGAAAGCUUCACCUUCCUGAUGAGGAAGGUUCCUGACCAAAACACACUUUUAAAUGUAAUGUUCCUUGACCUAGAAGAACAUCCAGAAAAAGUGGAAGGUGUGGGACAGUUAAUUUUUGAGAUGUGUAAAGGUGUUAGGAAUAUGUUUCAUUCCUGUGCAGAAAAGGCUAUAAUGUUAAUUCUGCAAAAGAUAGGGCCAGUUACAGAAACAGAAGUUAUACUCCCUUGGAUCUCUGUUGGAGAAGUAUGCAAGCAUAUGGUACAGUCAGCUGCUGGAUUCAUCUACAAGGAGCAUUUUGGCACAUUUUUCAGAUGUUUACAGAAAUCAGUUCUCCAGCUCAAAGGAAAAGUAACCAAGGACAACUCCUGUGAAGUUUCUGAACAGAUCGAAAGGGUGUUGCAAGUGUAUUUGACCAUUGCAGAACAUGGGCAUGGUUCCAAGAUCACACAGCCUGAAGAAGUUUGUAAGACAUUAACCAAAAUUAUAGAAAUACCUGAUCUCUCGGUGGCAUGUUGCAAUACCCUGCUCAAAGUUAUUUCUGUUUUGCUUCUUGAUGCAAAUAUUAUAUUACCAGAUUCUUUGGUGAAAGAAACAGUUGAAAAGGUCCUCCAAAGUGGAUUUGAAAGACGUUCUGUUUUGGACUUUUCUAAAGGCAUGUUUCUGAUGGAACAGUUUGAAAGGCAAUUUCUUCCAAGUCUCCUUGAGUAUGUUGAGCCCUGCAUUUGUGGAGAUGAUGCUGUGGUUCAGGAAGAGGCCCUGGCACUUUUGGCUAAGCUCAUCUUAGAGAAAGCAGAACCUCCCUCAGUUGGAUCUAUGGCAUUUGAGAAGUACCCCCUUGUUUUUAUGGAAUCAACUGAAGGAUCAAAAAGACAGUUGAGAAGGAAGACAACAGAAGAAAAAGAAGAAAAAGCGGUGUUGGAUUAUAUUCUGUCAUGCAUUCAGUUACCAGAAAACAGAAACAUGGCUAAUCUUUCACGACCUUGGGCAGCACUUGUUGUGCUGCCUCAUAUAAGACCUCUUGCCAAAGAAAAGGUCUUACCAGCUAUUAAAGGUUUUGUUGAAUAUCUCUUUACUGCUCUGGACAAAGGACAACUCUCCAAAGGAAACUUGUUUGUGGCCUGCCAAGCUGUGAGCACACUGCUUAGCUUAGCGGAAUCUUUGGAAAUUCUAGAUCUGUUACCAGUGGCGCAUGUAAAGACUUUGUUGAUGACAUUUCCUUCAGAGCCAUCUGCACUGCUGUUGGCUGAUCUCUACUCUACAAGGUUGGCCUUAUGUGGUUAUAGAGAGCACCUGUCUAAAGAGAAUCUGAUGGAACUGUUUUCUAAAUUGCAAGACAAUAUUUCAAGCAGUAUACCUAAGGUACGGCUGUUGACAAUAAGGAUAUUAAAUCAUUUUGAUGACCUUCUUCCAGUAGAAACAGAGUUUAUUAAGGAUGUGAACACUGGGGAUCUGCAGUCUGUGUUCAAUAUACUGCUUCAAGCAGAACUUGUACCUGCAAGUGUCAAUGAUUAUCGUGAGAAAUUGCUCCACUUAAGGAAGCUAAGGCAUGACAUUGUGAAAUCCCUGAACCCUGAGGGACCUUUACAGGAGGUUCCUCUUCGGUAUUUACUGGGAAUGUUUUAUGUCAACUUCAGUCCACUGUGGAUUCCUGUGACUGAGCUCAUAACUUCUCAUGCAAAUGAAAUGGAGAACAAGCAGUUUUGGAAAGUCUACUAUGAACAUUUGGAAAAAGCUGUGUCCUAUGCCGAGAAGGAACUACAUAAUGAGCUUGAAGAAGAGCAGGAAGGCAUUAUAGAUGUUGAAAAAGAGGAAGCCCACAAAGGAGAUGUCAUAACUUUGUAUUUUGAACAGCUGAAAUGUCAGAUCUGCUGCAAUGAAAGGACGGAUCAUGCAAAUUUUAGGUUUCUGCUUUGGAAGGCAAUGUCAAAAUUUCCAGACAGAGUGGAGCCCAGGUCAAGAGAACUUUCCCCUCUUCUUCUAAGGUUUAUUAACAAUGAAUAUUAUCCUGCAGAUUCAUUAGUAGCUCCAGUGCAAGAUCUUAGGAAGAAAAGCACUGAUGGUAAUGUGAAAGAGGAUAUCUCUGAGGAUAUGAAUCUAUCUGUGCAAGAGGAUGAGAAAGAUGUCAGUGAAGGAGAGAAACAGGUUUCUGACAAACCAGUGACUGAAGAGAUGCCAGUAAAGAAGUCGAGAAGAGCUGCAGCAAAACAACUCAUUGCCCAUUUGCUAGUAUUUGCUCAAUUUUCAAAUCCACGAGCAUUGUAUUUAGAACCACAGUUGAAGGAACUAUACACUCAGCUGCUGAGCCAUCAAGACCAGAAUGUACAAAAAAUAGCUCUUGACUGUAUCAUGACUUACAAGCAUCCACACUUACUGCCAUACAGGGAGAACUUAAAACGGCUACUGGAAGACAAGACCUUUAAGGAAGAAAUAGUUCAUUUCAGCAUUUCUGAAGAAAGCACUAUAGUAAAAACAAUACACCGACCAGAACUUAUACCUGUUUUAAUGAGGAUUCUGUAUGGACGGAUGAGAAACAAAACUGGAAGUAAAACGCAAGGAAAGUCUGCUGCUGGGACCCGUAUGGCCAUUGUUUUGCGGUUUCUUGCUGGGUCACUUCCUGAAGAAAUUAGAAUGUUCCUGGAUCUUCUUUUUGAGCCGGUGAAGCACUUCAGUAAAGGACAUUGUCAUUCUGCUGUGGUCCAAGCAGUGGAGGAACUGGACUUAUCCCAAGUCCUGCCUCUUGGUCGCCAGCAUAGCCUUUUCAAUAGCUUGGAAGUAGUACUGAAAAAUAUGGGGCAUCUUAUCAACCAGUACCUGCCUGAGAUUUUGCAGAUUUUACUUUGCAUGACAGCCACAGUGUCCCACAUUCUUCAACAAAGAGAAAAGAUUCAGCUCAGAUUUAUCAACCCACUGAAAAACUUGAGGCGACUUGGACUUAAACUUAUAGCAGACUUUUUCUCUGACUUUGAAACAUACAGCUUCAGUGUGGAAGAGAUUGAUGCAGUUUUUCAUGCAGUGGUAUGGCCUCAGAUCACUAGGCUGGCCUCUGAAAGUCAGUAUUCUCCUACUCUUUUAUUUAAAAUCAUUCACAUCUGGAGCAAGAGCCCCAGAUACUUUCCUUUGCUGGCCAAACAGAAGCCAGGGCACCCAGAAUAUGAUGUAUUGUCCAAUGUGUUUGCUCUGCUCUCGACCAAAAGCCUGUGUGAAACAACAGCCAGUGUUGUGAUUGAUGUGGCUGACAAUCUUCUCAAUACUCCUGACUUUGAACCCAGUGAUGACCAGUUUUGCAUCUUGACAGUGACUGACUGUGUCUUUAUAGAACUUGAUGAAAUGACAGAAGACGUUCCCAGCAUGGGUGUAAAGCUCAUUCUACCCCAUGUCCCUGCAAUUCUUCAGUAUCUCAGCAAAACUAUGUUCACUGUGGACAAGAUGAAAAAGAAAAAGUAUAGAGCACAAGUCAGUAAAGAACUCAGUAUUCUCUCAAAAAUCAGCAAGUUUAUAAAGGAUAAGAGCCAGAGUUCUAUCCUGAUUGGCCUUCUCCUUCCUUUCCUUCAUCAGAGUAACAUUAUGCAGGAUACAGAGAUUGACAUCCUGGAAACAGUGCAAAAUCUACUGAAGCAUUGCUUGAACCCCACAAGCUUCCUCAAACCUCUGGCAAAACUGUUUUCUGUAGUUCAGAACAAAUUGUCUCGUCAGACACUGUGCAUUGUUUUUGAGAGUCUAUCACAUUUGGAGAGUAACCUAAAAUACAUUACAGAUACAGUUAAGUUGAAUGCUUUUGACUCACGGCAUCUUGAUGACAUCAAUUUUGAUGUCCGCUUGUCAGCGUUCCAAGACAUCACUUCUCACAUCAAGACAAUGAAAACAGUGGAUGUCAGCUACCUCAUUCCAGUUAUGCAUAACUGUUUCUACACCAUACAGUUAGGGGAAAUGUCAUUGAGCGACUGUGCUGUCCUCUGCCUCAAUGCUAUUAUUAGCCUCCUUGCUGAAAUGGAUCACACAGAAGAAGAAUACAAAGAAAUAAUCCAGCACACUCUUCUGGAAGCUUUGAGAAAAGGGCUGAAAAGUAAGACAGAGAGCAUUCAGCAGGAUUAUACUACUUUACUCUCCUACUUGAUUCGAGCUUUUCCAAAACAUCCAGAAUUUCAGGACUUGGUGCAGCUGACUGACUGCCAUGAUCCAGAAAUGGACUUCUUUGAAAAUAUGAAACAUAUUCAGAUCCACAGAAGGGCACGAGCCUUGAAGAAACUGGCCAAGCAGCUAGUUGAAGGCAAAAUUACCCUGUCUUCCAAAUCUCUUCAAAAUUACAUUAUGCCUUAUGCAACUACAACCAUUUUUGAUGAGAAAAUGCUUAAGCAUGAAAACAUGAUAACUGCUUCGGUUGAAAUGGUAGGAGCCGUUUGCAGACAUCUUUCCUGGUCAGCAUACCUCUAUCAUUUAAAGCAUUUCAUACACGUCUUGCAGACUGGACAGAUCAACCAAAAAUUGGGUGUCAGUGUGCUAGUUACUGUGCUGGAAGCUUUCCAUUUUGACCAUGAAACUCUUGAAAAGCUGCUUGAUGUGAUCCAAAAGGAAGAAAUCAUGGAUGUUGAGCCUGAAGCAGAGAAUGAAGCCAUGGAAAUAGAACUUAGUGAUGGAGAAGAAGGUCCAGAGUCUAGGAAGGAUCUUUCUGAGGCUGCCAGUGAACAGAAGGACUCUGUUGCCAAUGAACAGAAAGACCCAGAGCAGCUUACUUAUGAAGAAGCGGAAGAAUCCCAGAAAGCUACAAAAGUAGUUUCCUUUCUACCCAAGAAUAAAGAUGAAUUGGAAUGUCUGAUCAUACAUAUUCAGGAAACUGUAACUAACAAUAUCUUGCCUAAAUUGCACAGAUGUCUCAUUGCAAAGGUCAAAAGAGAUGAAGAACACAAACUUGUGAAAUCAAAAGUUGUGAAUGAUGAAGAGGUGGCUCGGGUGCCACUAGCCUUUGCAAUGGUCAGACUAAUGCAAUCUCUUCCACAAGAUGUCAUGGAAGAAAACUUGCCAAGCAUUCUUCUGAAAGUCUGUUCUCUUCUGAGGAACAGAGCUCAGGAAAUCCGGGACAUUGCACGCAACACCUUGAUGAAAAUAAUGGAGGUUCUGGGGGCCCGAUACCUGCAAUAUGUCUUAAAAGAGAUGAAGUCAACCCUUGUUCAUGGUUACCAGGUCCAUGUGUUGACUUUCACUGUCCACCUCUUGCUCAAGAGCCUUACCAGCAAUCAACUUAAAGCUGGUGACUUGGAUUCUUGUGUGGAACUGCUGACUGAAAUUUUCAACCAUGAACUGUUUGGGGAAGUUGCUGAAGAGAAGGAAGUGAAGGGUAUAGUAUCCAAAGUCAUGGAGGCCCGCAGAAGCAAGAGUUAUGAUUCUUAUGAGAUCCUUGCCAAGUAUGUGGGGAAAGACCAAGUAACUAAACUUAUUCUUCCAUUAAAAGAGAUUUUAGAGAAUACCACAAGCUUAAAGAUGUCUCGAAAGGUACAUGAAACUUUACGCCGCAUUGUGUCUGGAUUGAUAAUGAACACAGAAAUGACUGCAGAAUCCAUUCUUUUGCUCAGCCAUGGCUUAAUUAAUGAAAAUCUACCACUGUUGACAGAAAAGUCAAGAGCUAAAGCUCCGGCUCCUCCAGAUCCUCGUUUGCAACCAGAGAGCUGCCUCUUGCUUCCACCAACCCCAGUUCGUGGAGGACAAAAGGCACCUGUGAGCAGCAAGACAAACAGGCAUGUCUUGGUUGAGACAGGACUACGGCUUCUGCACAUGAGCUUGAAGAGAUCCAAAAUAAAUUCUUCAGAUGAGCACACUUUAGAAAUGUUGGAUCCAUUUGUACAGCUGCUUAUCAACUGUCUUCAGUCCACUGAUGUCAAGGUGAUCACUGGUGCUCUUCAGUCUCUCCUAUGGGUUCUAAAGUUUCCUCUACCUGCAGUGGAUAAGAACAUAGAACAGCUAACCAAGCAGCUUUUCAUUUUGCUGAAGGACUUUGCCAAGCCAGGAGCAGCUAAAGGCCAGAACUUUCAUUUGGUGGUCAAUUGUUUCAAAUGCGUAUCUCUUCUUGUAAGGAAUACAAAAAGUCACAUAACAGACAAACAGCUACAAGUGUUGCUUGGUUAUGCUGAAGAGGAUCUGUACGACUCAUUACGACAAGCUACUGCCUUCGGCCUCUUAAAGGCUAUAUUAUCCAGAAAACUGAUAGUUCCAGAAAUUGAAAGUGUUAUGCAGAAGGUUGCAAAUUUUGCCAUCACUGGCCAAAGUGAGCAGGUUCGAAUCCAGUGCAGACAGAUUUACCUUAAAUAUGUUCUUGAUUACCCACUUGGUAAAAAGCUGAAAGGCAACCUUGAGUACAUCUUUGCCCAGCUCAAUUAUGAAUAUGAGACUGGAAGAGAGUCUGCUUUGGAAAUGAUUGCUUACCUCUUUGAAAUGUUCCCUCAGGGUUUAUUGCAUGAGUUUUGUGGCCUAUUCUUUGUCCCUCUGUGUAUGAUGAUAGUAAAUGAUGACUCUUCAAAAUGCAAGAAGAUGGCAGUACUGGCAACCAAAAGUCUCCUUACGAAGAUUAACCCUGCAAACCGAGAUGUGAUGUUUUUACUGCUUACUUCGUGGUUCAAGAGUGAAAAGAGUGUGCACAAGAGGUUAGCUGCUCACGCCUGUGGUGCAUUUGUUGAGGUUGAGGGAGUUGAAUUUGAGAAAAGACUUGGAACCAUCCUCCCAAUUAUCGAGAAAGAAAUCCAUCCUUCCAAUUUUGAAGAGGUUACAGAAGAGACUGAAGAAAAGGCAGCAGACAGAUUGCUGUUCAGCUUUCUCAACUUGAUCAUUAAACUCAUCAAGGAGUGCAACAUUAUUGAACUAGCUAAACACAAUGAAGUUCUGAGCAACAUUUGGGGUCACGUCCAGUCCCAUUUAUGGUACCCUCACAGCUGGGUUUGGCUGACUUCUGCUCAGAUCUUUGGCUUAUUGUUUGCUACUUACAAACCAGAAGAACUUGUUAAUAAGUGGAAUAAGAGAAAACUGGAAAGAAGCCAAGAAACUACAACAGAAUCAUCAGCAGCUACCUUCUUAACAGAAGAAUUAGACAAAAAGAUGAAAACACUUGCUUUAGCUUUCUGUCAUCAACUGAAGUCCAAAUUUCUAGAUCCAGCUCUUGGAGAACAGGUUAUAAAGAAUUUGCUCUUUAUAGCCAAAGUAUUGCAUGUUCUGGUUCCUGCUCCAGAAGAUAGCAAAGAGAUCAGUGAUGAAACUGAGGAUCAGGAAGACUUAGAAGGUGAAGAUGAGAAUGAGACUCUGGCUACAGAGGGAAAAGAUGCUGAAGAGAUAAAAAGCCCAGCCACUUUGUUGUGGAUGAUGAAGAAACUCUUCAUAAUGGCAUCACGAGAAGCUGCAUAUUCACCCAAAGACCCUCUAAAGAGAACCUGCAUCUUUAAAUUCCUUGGUGCCAUUGCAGUAGACCUUGGAAAGGACAGGGUAAAGCCAUACCUUCCAACUAUCAUUGGCCCUCUGUAUAGAGAACUCAGCAGCACCUAUGCAGAACAAGAUCCAACACUGAAAAAUCUUGCCCAGGAAAUUAUAGAGCUGCUGAAGAAAUUGGUUGGGCUGCAGACCUUCUCAAUUGCUUUUGCCUCUGUACAAAAACAAGCUAGUCAGAAGAGAGCUAUCAGAAAGAAACAGCGAGCCCUGCAGGCUGUUGCUAAUCCUGACAUUGCUGCCAAGAAGAAAUUAAAGAGACACAAGAAUAAAACUGAGGCAAAGAAAAGAAAAAUAGAAUUCCUGAGGCCUGGUUACAAAGCCAAAAAACCAAGAAGUAACACAUUAAAGGACCUUGCAAUGGUGGAGUGAAAUACCAUUCACAAUGUGUAUCACAUUAAUGGCUUCUAAUGUGUACAGAACUGUGGGUGGGGAAUUUGUGAAUGUUUGCCAAAGCAAGAACUUCACUAGGACCUUUUGCCCAAAAAGUUCUAGCAGGGAGAUAAUUUCAGUCAAGUUAGUAUCACUCAAGAUACACAGAACCUCAUAUUUUGAUAUUCAAAACUGUUGCAAAGGAGAACUCUUAAUGAAGUUACUAUAAAUUCCAAAUUAUUUAUUUGUAAUUUUAAUUGCUACACAUCCUGUUUAACUGAUAAUGCUGCUGGGAAAUAAUUCUAACAUUGCAGUGAGAGAAUGUUUAUGACAGCGACCUUUUUUUGCUAAUCUUUUCACAUUGUACAGUAAUACAAACUUUUUCUAAUUAAAUGUCCUUAAGGCACCUUAAAACUA